AUGAUUGGCUGCUCCGUUUCUUCAUAUCUAUCUAUCUAUCUAUCUAUCUAUCUAUCUAUCUAUCUCAUACUGUUCUAUCUAUCUAUCUAUCUAUCUAUCUAUCUAUCUAUCUAUCUAUCUAUCUAUCUCAGUUUGUUCAUCUCACUCUCUCUCUCUCGAUAUAUAUAUAUAUAUAUAUAUAUAUAUAUAUAUAUAUGUAUGUAUCUUUAUGUCAAUUUGUUUAUAUCUAUCUAUCUAUCUAUCUAUCAUUAUAUCUAUCUAUCUAUCUAUCUAUGUUCAUAUCUAUCUAUCUAUCUAUCUAUCUAUCUAUCUCAGUUUGUUCAUAUUCAUCUAUCUAUCUAUCUAUCUAUCUAUCUAUCUCAGUUUGUUCAUAUCUAUCUAUCUAUCUAUCAUUCUCAGUUUGUUCAUAUCUAUCUAUCUAUCUAUCUAUCUAUCUAUCUAUCUAUCUAUCUAUAUAUAUAUCUCUGUUUGUUCAUCUCUCUCUCUCGAUUUCAAUUUGUUUCUAUCUAUCUAUCUAUCUAUCUAUCUAUCUAUCUAUCUAUCUAUCUCUGUUCAUAUCUAUCCAUCUACCUCCUAUCUAUCUAUGAAAGUCUAUCUCUAUGUCUUACGGAUUUUUUCAAUAUCAUCUAUCUAUCUAUCUAUCUAUCUAUCUAUCUAUUAUCUAUCUAUUACAUAUCUUUUCAUAUCUAUCUAUCUAUCUAUCUAUCUAUCUAUCUAUCUAUUCAUCUAUCUAUCUACUACGACCUUUUCCCUGCUAUCUAUCUAUCUAUUACGGCCUUUUUACACCUAUCUAUCUAUCUAUCUAUCUAUCUAUCUAUCUAUUACAGCCUUUUCACAUCUAUCUAUCUAUCUAUCUAUCUAUCUAUCUAUCUAUCUAUCUAUCUGUUGAUAUCCUGUAAAACAAAACAAACCGAACCAAAUCUAUCUAUCUAUCUAUCUAUCUAUCUAUCUAUCUAUCUAUCUAUGUCUGUCUUUCCCCUCUCUCUUUCUGUAUCUAUCUUUAACUGUCCCUAUUUCUUUCUAUCUCAGUCUGUUUCUCUCUAUCUCCGUCUCUCAUCUCCCUCUUUCUCUCUAUGUUCACUCUCUCUCUCUCUAUCUAUCGCUCUCUCUAUCUUUCUCUCUAUGUUACUCUCUCCUACGUAUCUGUAUGUUCAUUAUCUAUCUAUCUAUCUAUCUAUCUAUCUAUCUAUCUAUUCCAGUCUGCUUAUCUAUCUAUCUAUCUAUCUAUCUAUCUAUCUAUCUAUCUAUCUAUAA